GGUUUAACCCAAUGCUGUUGGGUUUUUUUUCCCUGUUUUGUCAUUACAGAGUACAGUCACGCACUGCACUGGUUUGGUGAACCUCAACCAUGUCUAUGGCGGUUUCAGUUUCAUCUUCCGAGCAAAGUGAUUGGGGCCAAAGGGUAUCGGAAAAGGUUCUUUCUUUCUACGCUUCUCUUCCCAAAAAGGGCAAACCUCAAGGCCGUGAAAUCACUGUUCUGGCUGCUUUCCUUCUCUCUUCUCCUUCUAAUGACUUAAGGGUUGUUGCAAUUGGAACGGGAACAAAGUGCAUUGGGCGUUCUCUCUUGCGAACUUGUGGUGAUGUUGUUCAUGAUUCGCAUGCUGAAGUCAUUGCUAGAAGAGCUUUGAUGAGGUUCUUCUAUACACAGAUUCAACAUCUUACUGAAACCAGUGGUAACCACGGACCUACCAAUGGAGGCAAACGGUUUAAAUUUGAUGAUGGUAACUUGCCAUUUGAGUUGGAUACAGGGUGUCUUAAUAAAGGGAAAUAUACUUUGAGGAAGGAUUGGAAAUUACAUAUGUACAUAUCACAGUUACCAUGUGGAGAUGCUUCACUCAGUUCGGUUGUCUCUCCUUUGGAAACUGUUCUUUUAGGAGAAAGAGAUUCAGCUUCACCUUUGGACAACGGUUUAAGCCAACCCGGGAUGGUCCAGAGGAAGCCGGGUCGUGGUGAUACAACGCUGUCAGUUAGUUGCUCUGACAAGAUAGCCCGUUGGAAUGUUGUUGGUGUUCAAGGUUAUAUAUGCUUAAACCAUGGAUGUUUACAUGUUGGUAGUUCUUGCUUGAAAAUUAAUUGUGAUGUGAUAUUUACGUACCCCUGUUCUACAACAAUUUAAUACAGCAAACGAAACAUCAUGGAGAUUGACAUUUUUAUUGUUUGU